CAGGAUCGUAAACUGGUCUGCAUGAUUAAGAUCCUUCAGGCCACCGGUCUCCCCCAGUACCUGUCCAACUUCGUCUUCUGUCAGUAUGCGUUCUGGGAUCAGCCUGAGCCAAUCAUCGUGGCUCCUGAGGUGGACCCGUCGUCCUCGUCGCCCAGCACUAAGGACCCUCACUGCAUGGUGGUGUUUGACAGCUGUAAGGAGCUGGCGGUGCCUGUAUCAGAGGAUUUCAUCGAGUACCUGACUGAAGGGGCGGUCGCCAUCGAGGUGUUCGGGCACAGACAGGCUGAUGCAGGAAGAAACCCCGCCCUGUGGGACCUCAGCAUCAUCCAGGCCAAGACCCGCACGCUGCGAGACAGGUGGAGUGAGGUAACACGACGUCUGGAGCUAUGGAUUCAAAUCCUGGAGAUUAACGAGAACGGAGACUUCGUCCCUGUGGAAGUGGUUCCUGCUCGAGAUGUGCGGACCGGGGGAAUCUUCCAACUCCGACAGGGUCAGUCGAGGCGGAUCCAGGUGGAUGUGCGCUCGGUUCAGGACUCGGGCACCAUGCCUCUGAUUUCAGAGAUCGUGCUCGCUGUGUCGGUGGGAUGUGUGGAGAUCAGAAACACGACAGGAAGCCAGGAGGUGGAUGAGAUGGACAGUUACCAGGAAAGAGAUCUUGAACGUUUGCGGCGCCAGUGGUUAUCUGCUCUCACCAAGAGACAAGAGUACCUGGACCAGCACCUGCAGAGCGUGGUCAGCAAAGCAGAAAAGAGCGAGGACGAUACGGAGAGAGAGGCCCAGCUGCUGGAGUGGCGCCUGACUCUGACGGAGGAGAGGAACGCCGUCAUGGUGCCCUCUGCUGGCAGCGGGAUUCCUGGAGCUCCGGCUGAAUGGGUUCCUCUUCCGGGCAUGGAGACUCAUAUUCCCGUCCUCUUCCUGAACCUCAAACCUGAUGACCUCAGCUCUCAGGACCAGUUUGAAGUUCCUGAGGCCGGAGGCUGGGACGCCACGCUCAGCGGAGAGGACGAGGACGACUUCUUUGACCUGCAGAUCGUCAAACACCACGACGGAGAGGUGAAGGCGGAGGCUUCAUGGGACUCCACGGUGCACGAGUGUCCACAUCUCAGUCGCGGGGGGGCGUGGCCAGAGCAGCGGGUGUACCUGACUGUUCGUGUUGUGGUUCAGCUCAGCCAUCCUGCCGACAUGCAGCUGGUCCUGAGGAAGAGGAUCUGUGUUAACGUUAACCCGGGACGCCAGGGUUUCGCACACAACUUCCUCAGAAGGAUGUCCACACGCAGCAACAUCCCCGGCUGUGGGGUCACCUUCGAGGUGGUCUCCAACAUCCCCGGGGACGCUCCUGGAUCAGAGGACAGGGAGAUGCUGGCCCGUCUCGCUGCAAGCGCUCCCAACAGUCAGUCUGGUGAUGAAGAGGCCGCCAUCGAGAAGUACCUGCGCAGUGUGCUCAGCCUGGAGAACAUCCUGACCCUCGAUAGACUCAGACAGGAGGUGGCAGUGAAGGAGCAGCUGACGGGCAGAGGGAGGGGCAACAGACGGAGCAUCAGUUCUCCUUCAGUCCACAGGCUGUCAGGGAGCAGACAGGACCUGUCCACAACCUGCCUGCUGGACGACAAGGGUCGAUGGGAGAGUCAGCAGGAUAUCUUCAUGCCCUCUCAGUUUCAACGGACCCUCCCCCGGCCUGCCUCCUCCCCCUCCACCUACUCCACCUCACCUUCUCAGUCCCCGACUCCUUUGGCUGACGCCCCACAGGAGCCCGAGCAAGGUCGUUCAGGACUUGCUGCCUCUUAUCUUUCAGUUAAAGCGCUGGUCCCUCAGAUGCCCAAACUGCUCAAGUCUCUGUUUCCAGCACGGGACGAGAAGAAGGAGCUGAGACCUUCACCGCCCAGCCAGCAGCACGUUCCUCGCAUCAUCACGUCUGGAGGAGACGACAACAGAGUCAAGACUGACACG